UGUGGCGGCGGCGGCGGCUGUGGUAGUGACUGCGGCGGGGGCGCUUGGGCGGCAGUGGCAGCAACAGCCCCGAGGAGGGUGAGACGGCCGCGGUGGCGGCAGCUCGGAAGUCGGGCGGGACCUCGCGCUUCCCGCCUGUCGCUGGCGCUGAGGCUUCUGCUUCCCCUACUGGGUUUCUCGCCCCCGGCCCUGGCUGGGCAGGGCAGAGCGCCCCCGGGGAGGGGCGGAGCUGUAGAUAUGGCGUAAGAUAUUCAAGAUUGGACACCUGGUGACCUGAUAUUUCUGAUAGCCUUAAGCUGACUUAUAGCCAUAGAGAAAUCUCUCCGUUUUUGUUUUCUGCUUUACAUCUUUUGUGGCACCUAAGUUCACCUUGCAACCAUGUAUGGAAGUGCUCGCUCAGUUGGGAAGGUGGAACCAAGCAACCAGAGCCCUGGGCGUUCACCUAGGCUUCCCCGUUCCCCUCGCUUAGGUCAUCGUCGAACCAAUAGUACUGGAGGGAGUUCUGGAAGCAGUGUUGGAGGUGGCAGUGGGAAAACCCUUUCAAUGGAGAAUAUACAAUCCUUAAAUGCUGCCUAUGCUACAUCUGGCCCUAUGUACUUAAGUGACCAUGAAAAUGUGGGUUCAGAAACACCAAAAAGCACCAUGACACUUGGCCGUUCUGGGGGACGUCUGCCUUAUGGUGUUAGGAUGACUGCUAUGGGCAGUAGUCCCAACAUAGCCAGCAGUGGGGUUGCUAGUGACACCAUAGCAUUUGGAGAGCAUCACCUCCCUCCUGUGAGUAUGGCAUCCACCGUACCUCACUCUCUUCGUCAGGCAAGAGAUAAUACAAUCAUGGAUCUGCAGACACAGCUAAAGGAAGUGUUAAGGGAAAAUGAUCUCUUGCGGAAGGAUGUGGAAGUAAAGGAGAGUAAAUUGAGUUCUUCAAUGAAUAGCAUCAAGACCUUCUGGAGCCCAGAGUUGAAGAAAGAGCGAGCCCUUCGAAAAGAUGAAGCUUCCAAAAUCACCAUUUGGAAGGAACAGUAUAGAGUCGUGCAGGAAGAAAACCAGCACAUGCAGAUGACAAUCCAGGCUCUCCAGGAUGAAUUGCGAAUCCAGAGGGACCUGAAUCAGUUGUUUCAGCAAGACAGUAGCAGUAGGACAGGUGAACCUUGUGUAGCAGAGCUGACAGAGGAGAACUUCCAGAGGCUGCAUGCUGAGCAUGAGCGGCAGGCCAAAGAGCUGUUCCUUCUACGAAAGACCCUGGAGGAAAUGGAGCUUCGUAUUGAGACACAGAAGCAAACCUUAAAUGCUAGGGAUGAGUCCAUUAAGAAGCUUUUGGAGAUGUUGCAGAGCAAAGGUCUGUCUGCCAAGGCUACUGAGGAAGACCAUGAAAGAACAAGACGGCUGGCAGAGGCAGAGAUGCAUGUCCACCACCUAGAAAGCCUUUUGGAACAGAAGGAAAAAGAAAACAAUAUGUUGAGAGAGGAGAUACACCGGAGGUUUGAAAAUGCUCCUGAUUCUGCCAAGACCAAGGCUCUGCAAACUGUUAUUGAGAUGAAGGAUUCAAAAAUUUCCUCUAUGGAGCGUGGGCUCCGGGACCUGGAAGAGGAAAUUCAGAUGCUGAAAUCAAAUGGGGCUUUGAGUACUGAAGAACGGGAGGAAGAAAUGAAGCAAAUGGAGGUGUAUCGCAGCCAUUCUAAAUUUAUGAAAAACAAGGUAGAGCAACUGAAGGAGGAACUAAGUUCGAAAGAGGCUCAAGGGGAGGAGCUGAAAAAGAGAGCAGCUGGUCUUCAGGCUGAGGUCUUUGCCAUUGGCCAGGUGAAACAGGAGCUGUCGAGAAAAGACACAGAACUACUCGCCCUACAGACAAAGCUAGAAACGCUCACAAACCAGUUCUCCGACAGUAAACAACACAUUGAGGUGCUGAAGGAGUCCUUGACUGCUAAGGAACAAAGAGCUGCCAUCCUGCAGACCGAGGUGGAUGCUCUCCGAUUGCGUUUGGAAGAAAAGGAAACCAUGCUGAAUAAAAAGACAAAACAAAUUCAGGACAUGGCUGAAGAGAAAGGGACACAAGCUGGAGAGAUACAUGACCUCAAGGACAUGCUGGAUGUGAAGGAGCGGAAGGUUAAUGUUCUUCAGAAGAAGAUUGAAAAUCUUCAAGAGCAACUUAGAGAUAAGGAAAAGCAGAUGAGCAGCUUGAAAGAACGAGUCAAAUCCUUGCAGGCUGACACCACCAACACCGACACUGCCCUUACGACUUUGGAGGAGGCCCUUGCAGAGAAAGAGCGAACAAUUGAACGCUUAAAGGAACAGCGGGACAGAGAUGAGCGAGAGAAGCAAGAGGAAAUUGAUAACUACAAAAAAGAUCUUAAAGACUUGAAAGAAAAAGUCAGCCUGUUGCAAGGCGACCUCUCAGAGAAAGAGGCUUCACUCUUGGAUCUGAAAGAGCAUGCUUCUUCCCUGGCUUCCUCAGGCCUGAAAAAGGACUCAAGACUCAAGACACUAGAGAUUGCUCUGGAGCAGAAGAAGGAGGAAUGUUUGAAAAUGGAAUUGCAGCUGAAAAAGGCACAUGAAGCAACAUUGGAAGCUAGAGCCAGUCCAGAGAUGAAUGACCGAAUUCAGCAGUUGGAGAGAGAGAUUGCCAGGUACAAAGAUGAAUCUAGCAAGGCCCAGGCAGAAGUAGACCGCCUUUUGGAAAUCUUGAAGGAAGUGGAAAAUGAGAAGAAUGACAAAGAUAAGAAGAUAGCUGAAUUAGAAAGUCUCACCUCAAGGCAAGUGAAAGACCAGAAUAAGAAGGUAGCAAAUCUGAAGCACAAGGAACAGGUGGAGAAAAAGAAGAGCGCACAGAUGUUAGAGGAGGCCCGGCGGAGGGAAGACAAUCUCAACGACAGCUCCCAGCAGCUGCAGGACAGUCUCCGUAAGAAGGAUGACAGGAUUGAAGAGCUGGAAGAAGCACUGAGAGAAAGUGUACAGAUAACUGCAGAGCGGGAAAUGGUGCUGGCACAAGAGGAAUCAGCCAGGACCAAUGCUGAGAAACAGCUGUUGAGUGAAAUAUUGCAUGAGACCAGUCAUUUGGGCUUUAAGUGGUUCAAGGUGGAGGAGCUAUUGAUGGCCAUGGAGAAAGUAAAGCAGGAACUAGAGUCCAUGAAAGCAAAGCUGUCUUCCACUCAGCAGUCUCUGGCAGAAAAGGAAACUCAUUUGACCAAUCUUCGGGCAGAGAGAAGGAAACACUUAGAGGAAGUUCUAGAGAUGAAAUUCAAAAGCAGGCCCUUGUAUGUGCUAGGCAAGCACUCUGCCACCACCAUCAAUACCAGUACUUGGGGGCUGGGGAUGUGGCUCAAGCGGUAGCACGCUCGCCUGGCAUGCGUGUGGCCCGGGUUCGAUCCUCAGCACCACAUACAAACAAAGAUGUUGUGUCCGCCGAAAACUAAAAAAUAAAUAUUAAAAAAUUCUCUCUCUCUCUCUUUCUCUUAAAAAAAAAACAGUACUUGGCAAUUUUUUUUUAAUACUUACUAUAAACAUUUUGAAAAGUAUAGAAAAAAUAGAGUAGUCUAAUGAACCUCCAUUUACCUGUCCUUCAGAUUCAACAGUUAACAUUUUGCUACACUGGAAGCCAGCAGUAUUUUACAAAAUGGUCACUUUUAGCAAAAGUUUGCUGUACCUCAUUUUCCUAUUUGCUCCACAUCUGUGGAUUCCUGAGACUGUCAUUGUUGUGAAGUAUAUAUACAUCUUCUACUACAUAAUAGAUGCUUCUUUUUCUCCUCCGUGACCUUCUGUUUAGAACACAUCUCUCUAUUAAAUGUCCAAUAAUAAUCCAAUAAAUGCCAUUUACCAUUGAUAACCAUUUACCAUCCUUACCUAAAGACCUAUUCCCAUUUUAAUAAAACCAAGUCUAACAUGAGAUCUCUUAGUUACCAGUUGUCUGUGUUUUUGUUGUUGUCUGUCUUUGAGGAGGUGUUCUUUUUCCUUUAUAAGGCCGGCUGCUUAUCUUUGUAAGAAAUUUUAAGCACUGGUUGCUCCUCUGCAAUAUUCCUUUAUUUGUAUUCUCUCACAUUUAUGUUCACUUUAUUUUUUUAAUGUUUAUUUUUUAGUUAUAGAUGGACACAGUAUCUUUAUUUUAUUUUCAUGUGGUGCCAAGGAUCAAACCCAGUGCCUCACGCAUGCUAGGCGAGCACUAUAUCUCUGAGCCACAACCCCAGCACCUAUGUUCACAUUCUUUUAUUUCCUUCUUUGUAUUUUAUUUCUUCCUCUCUGGCUAAAAUAAAUACAUGUUUUUCAACCUGACUCAUUUAAUCUGUCAUCACCUCUUCUUUUCUGCUACUUUGAAUUAUCAAUAAAUUUUGAACACCUAUAUAAUAGACAAGGAUCUUGCCAUAGUAAAUAGCUUUUGAGUUUUCAUGAGACAUGACUACUGUGAUACAGUGAUAGCAACUCAAGGGUUGAGGAAGUGAGUGUUAAGCUGUUACCUGUGAUUUCAGGUUGGAAUGGCAUAGUGCAAGGUUGAGAGAAGAGUGUUACAGAUGAUAUGCUUUUGGAACAAAUGAGUAAGUGAAGCCAGAAAUAGACAGAUGUCCUAGGACAGUAGAGAUUAUGGUUCUGAGUAUCACUGUGAGAAAAAUUAUUACAAGUAUACUUGUUAGGAACAAGUUAGUGAAAGAGGUUUUAGAUAAGAGUUUUGUCACUGUAGGCAAAAUUCAAAGCUUAACAUUUCGGAGGUAAAGUAGUAGAGAUAAUUAUUUGGCAGUAGAGAGUGAAAUCAUUAGAUGUGAGUAUGUCUGGGAACCAUUCUAGAACAUCUUAAGAAACAGAGGUGAGAAAAAAAUUGAAUCAGAUCUCUAUGCUUUUAAGAAAAUGGAGUCAGGAUGGAGAUAAUGUUGGGGAAAACACGGUAUCAUUUGUGAUAUUCCUAUGGAGAAACAGCCUUAUUAAAAGCAGCAAUAUAUUGUUCUGUUUUCUCUAAGCACCAACAUAUGGCUUGUCAGGUCUUUUACCCUCAGUUUAAAUAGCUACUUUUAUACAAGUAGAAGUCUAUUUCCCUUUAUCAUUAGAACUUUGAGAUGAUAUGAAAGAAUUUUAAGAAUGCUCAAGUAAAAAGAGAAUUGUAUGUGAUUUAUUUUUCUAUCACAGUACCAAACUUUAUUCCUUGCUAUCCGAGGUUUUAUUUCUAGAAAAUAAAUACUAUGAUUGGCAGAAUGUUAUUGGUAUUAUGUUGUAUGUUAUACUCAUACAAUAAGCCAUAGGAUAAUGGAAGGAUAUAGAGGAAUGAUAAACAAUAUAAAAAUUUUUAAAAAUAAACAUUAAAUAAAAGUUCUAGAAAUACAGUGUUAAAACCUGGAUCUGAGGACUGAUUAUUUUCUUGACUCACCUUCUUCAGUUGCUCAAGGUGCCUUAAUGUGGCAUCUUGAUAUUCUUAGGCAGAUUUUUCACAAGUUUUGUGUCACGCAGAUUGUAACAUUUUUUUAAGUUUUUAAAAGACUUUAAUUUUACCUUGUUGCCGUUUACUUUCAAAUUUUAUUAAGAUGUUUGUCCACUAACUUCCAUUUAAUAAAUUACAUCAGUACUUUAGGCCUAAUUAAUUUGUUGAGAAAGUGUUAGCUCUUACCCAGUUUCUAUUUGUACUGCCUUAUAGACAUGUGGUUCUACCAGGGGUAGGGAGCAUCAUUUAUUCUCUUCUUUCCAUAUAGAACAGUAAUUUGAAAAAUUCCUAUACUCUUUUGAAAAAAAAUAUGUUUUUAAAGUUUAGCUUUCAAUAUAAAGUAAUGAUUCAUAGAGCCUCUACUAAAAACUCCACAGUUAAAUCUAAGUGUAAUUAUACUAAAAGCACCAUAAAUGACGUAUCAUGGGUUCGAAAUACAGUAAAUUUUCAAUUCCUUUUCACUGUGUAGCUGACUGAGGAAAUAGUCUUUCCUCUUCUAUGUUCUGAACUCCUGCUGUCUAUAUUUUGAGCAAAUUCUAAUUAUCUGGCCUGGGCUAAAGGUGCCUCAGUUUCCAAAAAUUUGUUCAGAAUAUGUUCUGUUGUCAGUUUGUAAGGAGGGUUUUACCCUGCAGAGAGCAUGAUUGUAUGUGUCUGAGUACUUUUGAUACUAAGAAAAGCAGAGUUCCAAGCCAGGUGUGGUGGUACAUGCCUAUAAUCCCAGCAACUUAAGGAAACCGAGGCAGGAGGACCUCAGGUUCAAAGCCAGCUUCAGCAAUUUAGUGAGACCCUAUUUCAAAAUUAAAAAGGGGUGGGGAUGUAGCCCAGUGGUAGAACACCCCAGUGUAAUUCCCAAUUCUGGGGUACGGAGUGGAAAGAGAAAGCAUACUUCCUACAAUAAAAGAACCUGAAUCUGAGUUCUGUCUCUGCCACUUAUUAGCUCCAUGGCCUCAGCAAGCUAUUUAACCUGUCUGCACUCAUUAGUCUUCUCAUUUUAAAACAGCAAUAAUAGUUCCUGCUUCAUAAAAGUUUUCUUAUAAAUUAAACAAUAAAUUAGUAAUAUAAAGAAUUAAGAACAGAAAGCACUUAUAACUAUGCUUUUACUGUAAGUUUUUUCUUGCUGAUGAUUUAUAUGAAAACAAAAUUAUUUAAGUAGAGUUUAAGAGGAGAAAGGCAACAUCCUUCCUGUGGCUAUUGACAACAACAGAUUCUUCACUCUAUAGUCAAUGUAGGACUCAUUGUAUUUUUAAAGGUUUAAGUUAUUUCAUUUGAAUUAUUUAAUUAUCAAAAGCAAAAGAACUUGCUCAGUGUAAGUAGAGAAAUUGAUAAGUAGAAGAAAUAUGAAGAAAAUGCAACAUGCAAAGAGCCUGAUAAAUGCAUAUGUAUGACUCUGGAUCUAGAAUAAGAAAUAGGCUUCCCUGAGGAAAAGACACUUGGCAUUGGUGUGAAUUUACUUUGUAUUCAACCAGUGAAUAUACUUUGUAUAAAACCAGUGAAAAUUGUACCGUGUAUGUGUAAUAUGAAUUGUAAUGCAUUCUUCUGUCGUAUAUAAAUUUAAAAAAAUUAAUUUUAAAAAGAUAGUUGGCACAUUUCUGUAGGGAAUUCUUCAGCAAAGCACUAGAAUACUCUAGUUUUCUGGAAUAAUCCUGACCUCAUCAAACCAAAGGAAAUGGCCUAAGUUCUUUUCCAUACCUAGCAUUUAAGAUUGUCAUUUUCACGUGUCUGUUACAGAUAAAUGGUGGUUAUGAGUUUGGAGAGAGGUAAGACUGUGCACUUGGUAGUUUGCCAGUGGUUCAUUAGAAACAUUUGAGUUUGUUAGCCAUCCCUGAAGAGAAGGAACAUUUAUGUUGGCAGAUUGCACCAUGGUUCUUCUUUUCCUUGUGUUGUGGUUUUGUUAGCCAUUAUUUUUUAUUCUACUUUUCUAGUAGCUCUUUUCCCUUAAGAAAGAAAGGGUAAAAGAGAGUGAGAGAAAAAUAAUAAAAUAACAGCUGUAAUAAGUUUUAAGUAUCAAUUGAGGUCAUGGGGUUCACUGUUAAAAAAUUGUGGAUGAGCUGGUUCAUUUUCCAUUGCCUUAGCAUUCAAACUCCUUCAGUCCUACCCUAUAUGGGCAUGAAGAGUAAAGAUGAAAAGACAAUUCUGAUUUUUGAUAAAAUUUUUAUCAAGCUAAGAAUUCCCCCCCCCCUUGGGAGCCAGUUUGUUCAGGAAAGGGAUGGAAGGGUAUUUUAGGUUCUUUGAGAAUGCAGAGUUGUCCAGUAAGUAGCAUCCUGUAUCCAGACUACUAGUAGCUGUCUCUACCCUGAGCCAUUGUGUUCAUUUACCACAUGUACAUGUGCUGCCUCUCUUGUUCACUCUCUGCCUGUGAGCCUGCAUUUAAUACUCUUUAAAGCAAACAAUGAAAUGAAUUGAUAGGAAUAAAUUAAUCACUGUGUUGAUUGGGAGCUUAAAAAUUCAAAAAUAGUUACUUAAAAGAUAAUCUCGACACAUGGGUGAAAAUGUAAAACAUUAGAAUCUCCUGAACUGAUCCUAUAGACAUGUCCAGAAGACCUGUUUUCUCUCUCUCCCUCUAGUUUUUUCCCACGUUUUCUUAUUGUGCAUUAUAGUUGUACAUAAUGACAGGAUUUGUUGUAUAAUGACAUAUUUGUACACAGUAUGACAAUGUAAUUCCGUCAGUAUCACUCUGUAGCAUUUCCCCCUUUCCUCCCUACCUCACUUGGUCCCUUUCUUCUCAUGAUUUCCCUUUGAUAUUUUCAGGGGAUCCACCCCACCUUUAUUUUUCUUUUUCCUCUCUAGCUUCUGCAUAUGAGAGAAAAAAUGAUCCUUCACCCUUUGAGUUUGACUAAUUUUACUUAACAUAAUGAUCUCUAUUUCCAUCCAUUUUCCUGCAAAUAACAUAAUUUUACUUUUCUUUAUGGUUGAAUACAAUUCUGUUGUAUAUAUGUACCACAAUUUCUUUAUCCAUUUAUCUAUAGAUGGAUAUCCAGGCUGGUUCCACAGUUUGACUGUUGUGAAUUGUGUUGUUAGAAACAUGGGUUAUACAUGUGUUACCAGUAAGAUGACUUUAUUUCUUCAGGAUCAAAACUGAAAAGUGGUAUAGCUGGGUCAUAUGGUGGUUCCAUGCCUUGUCUUUGAGGAGCCUCCAUACUGAUGUCCAUAGUGGUCAUCCUAAUUUAUAAUCUUACUAACAGUGAAAAAGUGUUCCUUUUCCUCCACAUCUUCUCCAGCAUUUAUUAUUAUUUGUAUUCUUGACUGCCAUUCUGACUGGAGUGAGAUGAAAUCUCAGUGUAAUUUGAUUUGCAUUUCCCUAAUUGCUAAUGAUGAACAUUUUUUCAUGUAUUUGUUGACCAUUUGUAUUUCUUCUUUUGAGAAGUGUCUGUUUAGUUCAUUUGUCCUUUAAUUAACUGUAUUAUUUAAUUUUUUGGUGUAAGUUUUUUGAGCAUUUUAUACAUUCUAGAUAUAAAUCCUCUCUUAGAUGAGUAGUUAGCAAAAUUUUCCACCCAUUCUGUAGGUUCUUUCUUCGUAUUCCUAAAUGUUCCCUUUGCUUUGCUAAUGAUUUUUUUAACUUACUUAUUUGCAUAGGUAGCACUUAAAAUGUUAUGCAUUUUAGGGUUACAUUUUCCACAAUAAGCAUUAAAUACUAGUUUGCUCUCUGCUAACCGUCUGCACCACCUCCCCAUCAAAACCAAGUCAACAAACAAUGUAAACUCUUCUGUAACAGCAGUUUUAAAAUCAUAGAUUGCACUUUUUCCUGGUUUCCAAGCCUGUGGCAUUGCUACAUGGGUUGCACAAAAAAAUUUCUGUUUCUACACUAAUAGAUGAAAACUGCUGACAUUUUAAAAUCAUGGCAAAGCAUUUUACAAUGCCUGCACUUCUAAGAGGACAAAAGAGAAAAUAAAUAUGAACAACAAAUCUUCAUGUUUGUUUGUUUGUUUGUUUGUUUAAAAAAGAGGAGGGCUGGGGCUGGGGCUGGAGCUCAGUGAUAGAGCGUUCGCCUGGCAAGUGUGAAGCACUGGGUUCAAUCCUCAGCAUCACAUAAAAAUAAAAAAUAAAGGUAUUGUGUUCACCUACAACUACAAAAUAAAUACAUUUAAAAACAAAAAAAAAAAGGAGAAAGUCCCUGAGAGGGCAUCCAGGGAAGAAGUUAAGGCAACUAACUCAAUAAAAAUAACAAAGAAGCCAGCACAGUGGCAAGUUCUAAGCCAGCCUCAGCCAAAAAGCAAGGCACUAAGCAACUCAGUGAGACUCUGUCUCUAAAUAAAAAUACAAAAUAGGCCUGGGGAUAUGGCUCAGUGUUGAGUGCCUGAGUUCAAUCCCCGGUACCACCCCCUCAAAAAAUAAAAUAAAAAUAAAACAACAAUGAAGCAACAUAUCUUACAAUGAAUCAAUUUCGGGAAGCUGAGCAUCAUACUAGACAACAGUGUUAUUAUAAGGGGCUAAUGUUUGCAACCUGAAAUAUUCACCCAAUUUUUCCUAAGCACAAGAAAAUGGUAAUUGUUGACCAAAAACAAUAAGGAAUGAUUUUAUGUCUGAGGUGAUUCUUGAUGGACUACCAUGUGUAUGACCAGAUUUCCCUAAAGAAAAGGUACUCUGGCAGACAUGAUUCAGUGUGUAAUUUAUGUUAUCUUUAAUUUACAUUUUUAAAUUACAUUCUAAUUUCAAACACGUGUGCCAACCAUUGGGAAAGAAAGUUAUUGACAAUUAUAUAUUAAUUACUUGUCUAUACUUGUGUUAGUCAACUUUCUGUGACUGUAACAUAUGCCUGAGAUAAAUAAAUAAACUUUACAAAGAGGAAAAUUUAUUUUGGCUUAGAGUAUUUACAGGUAUUAGUCCAUCGUCAGUUGGCCCCUUUACUUUUAGACCUGAAGUGAGGCAGCACAUCAUGACACGGAGCAUGUAGGAAACUAGAGCUAUUCUCCUCAUGGCCAGGAAUGAAAGAGAAAAAAAGGAAGAGAUUAGGAUCCCACUGUCCCCUUUGAAUGCCCACUCCCAGUGACUUAAAACCUCCCAUUAUGCCCUACCUCAAGUUUCCAUUGCCUCCAGUAGGCUGAGCCAGGGAUUAAGCCUUCAACACAUGGGCCUUUGGUGAACAUUCAAACUAUAGCAUCAUCUUACUGUUAGGGUUUAGAUAUCAGGUGUCCCCCAAAAGCUCAUGUGUGAGACAAUGCAAGAAAGUUCAGAGGUGAAAUAUUUGGGCUAUGAGAAUCUUCUCAUAAUCAGCUCAUUAAUCCACCUGAAUGGAUUAACUGGUGAUAACUAGGCGAGGAGGUGGGUCACUUGGAGCAUGCCUUUGGGAUUUAUAUUUUUGUCCCAGGUGAGCAGAACUCUCUUUGCUUCCUUGUUACCAUGUCCUGGGCUGCUUUCCUCCCCACACUCUUCCCCUGUGAUGUUCUGCCUCAUCUCAGUCCCUGGCUAUGGAGUUGGCUGUCAAUGGACUGAGACCUCUGAAACUAUGAGCAAGAAGAUGGUCAGGCUAUUUGGGGAUAUGAUAGGUGAUCAAUACAUUAUGCUUUAAAUAAUUAAAAAGAAACUGUAUUUUAAAUUAUUUUCCCCUGAUAACCUAUAGUAUUUCAUUUUAAAAAUGUUUGUAAGGUUGCUGACAUUUUUUAAAAAUCCCAUUUGGGGAUGUAUGACGACAUAAUGUUCUAGCACAACAUUAUAAAUAGUCAUGCAAAUUAUACAAGAGUGACAAUUUGGGAGGAAAUCCAAAAUUGAAAUGCAUUCUAAGUUACAUAAUGAUGUGCGUACUUUUUGCAAAGCCAUAUGUAUUUAUGCUUCCGCCAGAAGCACCCCCCUUUUUGUCAUUAGACAUAUGGUAAAGAACUUUUAUUGGGAUUGGAAGCAUUUGUCACAGUGGACUAAAAUACUGAGGUUUAAAUAUGCUAUAGCAAAUCCACAUAAAAAUAAAAGUUUCCUACCCUUGAAUUGGCU